UGCCACUUAGCCGAGCAGAAUGGGCUUGUAGUUGAGUGUUCGCAGGAAAGCUGCAAAACCGUGUGGAGCGCGGCUUGGUGGUGUAAAAACACGCAAAGGGGCGAGCGAGCAGGAGCGGGGGGCGAGAGAGAAAGUUUCCCAACUCCCCGCGAGCUCCUCCGCCGGCGCUGGGGGUCGCCCGCUGCACGGGGAGAGCCCGCGGGACUUUCUGGGGCUGCAGGGACGCGCCGCCACUAUUGUUCGCGGCUCCCCCCUCCCCCUGCCCGCCGCCAAACAUGGCAAAGGUUCAGGUGAACAACGUCGUGGUGCUGGACAACCCGUCUCCCUUCUACAACCCGUUCCAGUUCGAAAUCACCUUCGAGUGCAUAGAGGACCUGUCCGAAGAUUUGGAAUGGAAAAUUAUCUAUGUGGGCUCAGCAGAAAGUGAAGAAUAUGAUCAAGUUUUAGAUUCUGUUUUGGUGGGUCCUGUUCCCGCAGGAAGGCACAUGUUUGUAUUUCAGGCAGAUGCUCCUAAUCCAGGACUUAUUCCUGAUGCAGAUGCUGUAGGAGUAACAGUUGUGUUAAUCACCUGCACCUAUAGAGGUCAAGAAUUUAUUAGAGUUGGCUAUUAUGUAAACAAUGAAUAUACUGAAACAGAGCUGAGAGAAAACCCUCCAGUAAAGCCAGACUUUUCUAAGCUCCAAAGGAAUAUUUUGGCAUCUAACCCCAGGGUCACAAGAUUCCACAUCAACUGGGAGGACAACACUGAAAAACUGACAGAUGCAGAGAGCAGCAACCCAAAUCUUCAGUCACUCCUUUCUACAGACGCACUGCCUUCUGCUUCAAAAGGGUGGUCAACAUCAGAAAACUCCCUAAAUGUCAUGUUAGAAUCUCAUAUGGACUGCAUGUGACAGCCUCCCCUUCAGUGCUAUGUACGUGUUAUGCUGUAGACACACACACAAACACCCAUCAUCAGAACUUGCUUCGUUGGAACUACAUACUCAACAAUGUGCAAAUCUUGUUUUGAAAAAAAAUCCCAUUCCCUGUAGAAAGUUUAUAAGGAAAAAGUAUUUGAGUGGAUGUAUAAAUAAACCUAUUUUUAAGUAA